AUAACAGAAUAAAUUGUAUUUUAAAUUGUAAUUAAAUGUAACUAGUUUAUAAUUAUGUAUUUGUUUAUACAACUGUAUUACUUAUUAAUGGCCAAUAUUAUUGAGGCUAUAAUAAGUGUAGCAAUCGUUUACAUUGUGUAUAAGAUAUGCCGAUUCUAUAUCCUAAGACAUAGUAUGCCCCCCGGACCACAUCCCUAUCCACUAGUGGGCAACCUUCCAUUAUUUAGGGGUAAAGGAAAACACUGGGACGACGUGAUUAGGCAACUGACCAAACAGUACGGCCCGGUGUUCACUGUUUGGAUGGGACCCGAACCGCAUGUAUUCGUGACGGACAUAGAGUUGGGUCGACAGGUGUUCAAUAAAAGUGAAUUCUCCGGAAGGCGUUCCACUUAUAUGGACGAAAUAUUCUCGAAUGAGAAGUACUCCGAGAUUUCGUACACCAAAUACGGUCCGCUCUGGAAGUCAUUGAAACAAAUGGCAAUUUUCACCUCACAAAAGUAUUCGACAAACGAUAAACUCGUAGACAUUGUCACCGAAUGUGUGGACAAAACCAUCAAAACCAUGUUAGAGAAGGAAGGGGUGAACAAACUAUUUGAUCCGAGAAAGUAUGUCUACCUAAUGUGUCUUAACAUGUUAGCCGGAAACGCGUUCGGUACCAGUUAUGACGUGGACGACAGGGAAUUCAAAUUCAUAAAAUACGUGAUCAACGACUUCAACAUCGAGACCAAGGGUCGGGUACUUUUAUGGCAAUUCUCGGCGCUGUUUCGACUUUUGGACAGACGUUUGGUGGGGAAACAGCGCCAACAUUACGUCGACUUGAUUGCGUUGAUCGCCGACAAGUUUAGCGCCCAUUACGCCGACUAUAUGGAGGGCGCCGAGCGAGACAUGUGCGACGCGCUCAUCACCGCCCGGAAGGAGGCCCUCCGGGAGGGCCGGGACGGGCCACACCUCACGGACCCCAUGCUCGCGAUCGUCGUGUUUGACGUGUUUUUUGGCGCCACUAAUGUCAUUCAAAUGACGUUUCAGUGGUUACUCAAUCUGUUGGCCUAUUAUCCGACGACUCAGUCGCUGCUGAGGGAAGAGAUUGACGCCGAAAUCGGCGACCGAAUGCCGACCCAUGAGGACAGGGAUCGGUGCCAUCGGGUCAUGGCGUUCAUCGCCGAGACGAUGCGGUUCAGGGACGUGGCGCCCAUUGGUCUGCCCCAUGCAACCACCGCCCCCGCCACCAUCGGUAUCACCCUCUAGAUACC